UAAUUAUAAGAGGGCUCUGCACUUCAGCGACCGCCUGUACUUUCCCCCACCCAGCAUACCCCUAUCUCCUGUUGUCUAUAAGAAACAGUGUAAGCCACAUUGAGGGGGAGCUGUUGAGGGAAGGAAGUCUUAGCUGGGGGACUGAGGAACCCUGGCUGUGAGCUCUACUCUGUAGAGAUGCUUUGGAAAGCUUUCACUCCCCUCAUCUUCCUUGUCAUGCUUCAGAACCAAGGAACAUCAGGUUCUGAUAUGAAGAUAAUGAGCAUAGCUGUCAUCAUGGGAAGUCAUAUCAAGUUACAACCAGUGUGGAUUCAGCAGUAUUCAGAGAGUAUACAAUUCAUUUGGUUUGUGAAACUGUCUUCAACUCAGGAAAAAUUUAGGAUAUUGAGUUGGACAGAUGACUCAAAGGUGACAUUUGAAGCUGAGCAAUUUAAAAACAGAGUUGAUGUCAAAACAGAGAACUUGACCUUAUUCAUUAACCCAGCUCAGAAGAAUGACAGUGGCCUCUACUUCAUGGAAAUCACCAGUCAAUCAGGACAAGUUUUUAAUACUAACUCGUUCCAGGUUUCUGUGUUUGAUCCCGUCCAGAAUCCAAAGAUCCAGGUGACUGAAGAGUCAUGGAAUAACACUUUGUGCCAUGUGAACCUGUCCUGCUUUGUCCAGGGGAAUGAUAAUUUGACAUACACCUGGUACAGAGGGAGAGAGCAAAUUAAAUCCCCAGGGAAACAUUCCCAUGUACAGCUUCAUAUCCAAGCCAAGAACACUGAGAAUUCCUAUACUUGCAAUGCCAGCAACCCAGUUAGCUCAGGGAGCCAUACCAUUAAUCUUACUUGGGUAUGUGCUAGCCCAGUUUACAAUUCAACCCAAGAAUCGUGGUUGCUGCUGGUUUUGGGUUUCUCUGUGAUUCCCCUGGUCAUUCUACUUCUUGGUACCCUUGUCUACCUGUAUGUGACAAGAAAGAGGAAGAAGAGGAGGAAGAAAGCAACAGAUAUGAACAUGAUGUCUUAUGAGAAAAUUAGUCAUGAUAAGCCCCGGAGAAAUCAGGCGCAGAAUCAUUGUGAAACAGAAGAAGGAAACACCUUAUAUUCUGUGGUCCAAUUUCCAGAACAGCUUCCUGCUUCCAGUCCUGCUAGUCAAGAUAAAACAGUGUAUUCAUCAGUACAAUCCUGCAAGCAUCAGCCUUUUUCCAAGCAAGUGAGCCCCAACUCAUCCCACUCAGCUACCAUCUAUCAAGAGGUCCAGAGACCCAAACGACUGUCCUAUAAGGAGCUGGAGGUGUUCCACAUCUAUUCCUAGUAAGGGGAGCUACUGUCCAAAAUGAACAUACUAUUGAAGCAUUUUGAGGGCUAGGAGAUUUGUUAACAAGAACAGCUCAGAUUUUUAUAGCUCUUGCAGGGUUACAAAGCUCUCUCUUCACAACAACCACAUUAUGAAAGGAGUGCAAGGAUUGCUCAAAUAUUCCAACAAUUUGAGAUCUCAUCGAUGUGGACAUUCUCUCCGGUGAUGUGGAUCACUAUUCCUUUUUGCUGCCUAUCUUGUAUGGUACUUUUCCAUGUCAGCCCAUAAGUUAAUAUCAGAGGAUUCAUCUCACAUGCUGGAAGCCUUCCUAGAUUUCUUCUCACGUCACAAGAAUACAGAUAGAGCACCCAGACUAUAACCCUAUUAUCCCCUCACUUUUGCCAUAUGCCUAACCCAUGUUCCUUUUCAAUCAUAAACUUCCUCGUUGACGUCUUUCAUUCUAA